UCCUUCAAGGCAGUUUUCUUCGUUCUCGGCACGGAUGAGCAGCUCGUAACGCCUAUAGACGAAGCCCGGCGACAACUCAAUAGAUUGGCCCUAACAACCGACAAGAGAAUCCUCAGAAACCCCGAUCCGCCUAUAGGGAAGUUCAUUUUCCUCGAUGAUACGCGCUACGAUAUGCCAGACGAGAAGAUCACCAUACUUGGAUAUGCCCUCUUCCAACUCGAGCCUGUAAUUGGAGAACCAAGUUUCAUGGCUCAGCAUCCCAAGGGCUACUCUUCCUUAUCAGCCGAGGUCAAAGCUAUCAAGCAGGAAGACCCCACCCGUGCCGUGAUCAUACUCACCCACCUGUUCCCAGACCGAGCGUAUCGUGCGAACGAUCCGACCUUAGGCCCUUUGGAGUCGAGCAACGUGAAGUUGUGGGCGUUCGGCAAUAGUCAAUGCAAUUUUGACUAUGAGGAAAUGCCUGGCAAGCGUGUCUUCUGCAACCAAAGGAGACGGAUUAAACGCCUAUUUCCGGAUUUUGAUAUGGGACGAGUCGUUGAAGUUACCCCGCCCAUUGAAAAGCGAUUGCCUGCUCUGGAAGAUCUUAGUCCAAGUAAAAAUGCGACAACUGGCGCCCCUAAACGACAUAAACUUCCCGAUCGCAGACCUCGGACCCCACGGACCCCACGGACCCCAAGGAAGAAUAUUGGGAAUAAAGAAUCGCCAGGUUCAUGAACCGAGGGGCCCGGUUGCCUUUGCGUUGGUGUCCUUUGCUAUUUAUAAUUAGGUUACGGGUGCGGAAUAGGAGAGGACAUGAAGUAGAGAAGAAUAUCUAGGACUAGGACAUCCUAAAGGCAAUUCUCAAGUUGCAGUUUGGUUGACGGACCUCUAGGGGUUUGAUAGGAAACAGCCUUUUCUAGGCACAUCGAAGAAGUGUUACGUAUUUCGUACAUAGACUGUUGUUUCAGCAAGGGAACCUGUAUGCAUGCGUAGGAAGAUCGAUGGCCAUUCUAAUGCUGUGAACGGUACUGGUUGCGAAGGUCAAAUAAACUUAUUACUUCUCCAUAAAUCAAAAGCAAGUUGACGAUCCACGCAAUCUCAAGAGCAACGAAUAUGACUGGUCAAUCUAGUAACGCGCAGGCC